AUGGUCCUUUUCAUCAUCCCAUCCUUAGCACAUCUCUCGUUAGCCUUAAGGAGGGACUUCCUUAUUCCUCAAAACAAAGCUCGGGCCGAAGUUGGGGUGCAACCCCUCAUAUGGAACAAAACAUUGGUAGACUAUGCUCGUGGGUAUGCAUACCAAAGAAUUAGGGACUGUAGUUUGCAACACUCAGAAGGACCUUUUGGUGAAAACCUAGCUGUAGGUUAUGGUGAUCAAUUCACUGCAACUGAUGCUAUUGACAUGUGGGUUGGGGAGAAACUAUACUAUGAUUAUGAAUCAAAUUCGUGUUUUGGCGAUGAGUGUCUUCAUUAUACACAAGUGGUUUGGCGUGAUUCCAUUAAUGUUGGUUGUGCUAAAGUUAUAUGCUAUAAUGAUUGGUGGUUUGCUAUAUGCAACUAUGAUCCUCCAGGGAAUUAUGAUGGCCAACGACCUUAUUGA